GGAGCGGCUCGGAGCGGCGGCGGCGCCCGCACUGCUCGGGCGGCGGUGGCGGGGCCGGGCGCUGCGCAGCGCCGAGGGCAGGCACCUGGAGGCCCUCAGCCUGGAAAAGCAAAGAGCCCACAGGUCUCGCUGGCUGGUGCCAGGGCUGUGACAGGAAGGCUGAGGCUGCCUGCACCAACGUGUGAUAGCACGAGACGCUGUGCUGUCUCUCACUUCCCGCCCCCCCCGGAAGGAAAGAGCUGCUGUGCACCAGUGGAGAGGGCCCUGAUUGCCGUCUGGCAGGUUCCUUGCUGUCCGGCGGGUGCCACACUCCUACUGCCAUGUCCGUGACUGUGACUCUGAUGGGCCCAGCCCCCUGGGGCUUCCGUAUCACUGGGGGAAGGGACUUCAGAAAGCCCAUCACUGUGUCUAAGGUGACAGAGCAAAGCAAAGCAGCUGCGGGUGACCUCCGACUUGGCGAUGUCAUUGUUUCCAUCAAUGGCGAGAGCACAGCUGAGAUGCUCAACGUGGAGGCACAGAACAAGAUCAAGCAGAGCUCAGGCCAGCUGCAGCUGCUGGUGGAUAGGUCCCUGUUGUUCUCUCCCAACCAGACUAAUGGCGAGAGCUCCCCCGAGGUCCUGGCCACGCGGUUCCAGGAUGCCAUGAGAACCAGAGACGACAGCCAGAGCUCGCUGAGAUCUUCCUACUCCAGCCCCGCGUCCCUUAGCCCGCGGCCCGGCAGCCCCUUUUUGCCCACAUCCCCCGGGUUGCAGACAAGCAGCCCCUACAUCCCCCUGCAGCCCAGCCUGGGCUCUGAGGGCAGAGCGGAGCUAGUGACCAGCCGCAGCUUCCAGUCUCUGGCCAGCCCUGCCAGCAUCAGCGAGGAUCGCUCGCCCUUGCCACACAUGCAGUGUCUGGGCAGCAGGCAGGAAUGGGGGAGCCUGGGCCGCCCGAACUGCUCUCCAGUUGCCGUCCUGCCACCCUUCAACCGCACGCCUUCACCAAGAGGCUUCACUGCUCACAGCCCCUGGGACCUGGGGAAGGACCCAGGCAGGUCCUCACCCUCCUACAGCCCUCGCAACAGCGUGGACUCUGAGACGGCCAUGCGACGCCUGGAGGAGGACUCCGAGGUCUACAAGAUGAUCCAAGAGAACCGGGAGCUGCGGGCUGCCCCGCGGCAGUCCAGCACCUUCCGCCUGCUGCAGGAGGCGCUGGAGACCAAUGGUGGAGAGGGCACUGCGACCCCCUUCCCCAGCCACCUGUCCCCCAGCGCUCACAAGCCAGUCUGCAGCUCCGUGGCAGGGGUCCAGAAGCUGCACACAUGUGAGAAGUGUGGCAACAGCAUUGCGACCCAGGCAGUGAGGAUCCAGGAGGGCCGCUACCGCCACCCCUCCUGCUACGUCUGCACUGACUGCGGCCUCAACCUCAAGAUGCGGGGCCACUUCUGGGUGGGCGAGGAGAUGUACUGCGAAAAGCACGCCCGCCAACGCUACCAGGGCCCUGGCGCUGGCGCCACCGCCCUCUGCUCCAAGUCCUGAGCUGCCCCAGGGCUGCAGCUUGCAGGCUUAGCCUGCCUCCCCCCCCGGAAGCUUCUGCCACGCACAAACCCCACAGCCCAUGCCAUGCACAUCACUGCCAGCACCUGCUCCAUGCUGCCCUUCACUGGCCAGCCGCCCGCCUGCCUGCCUGCCUGGUGAGCGGGCACUGCUGCUUCUGGCCAGUGGAGAGGCACUAAGCCGCACACUGCUAAUGAAGGGAAGAGGGUGGCUCAGCCUAUGGGGAUGGGAUAAUGCCCAGAUCAUAGGUUGGAUUCAGCUCCUGGGACUCUGGCUCCCAGCCAGUGGCUCUCUGGUGUGUGCAAUGAGUGCUGCCUGUUCUCAGCCUGGCUCCUUAAAGUCCAGGUGCCCCCAGAGCACGAGAGCAGAGCUGUUGGCAGCUGGGGCACGUUCCUCAGGAUGCCGGCUUGUCCUGUCCCUGCCCCAUGGGCAGAGGGCUUAGCCCCCCGGGGCUGCUAGCAUAGGAGUUCCCGUCCGCCGGGUCCCUCUCUAGAGCCGCUUUUGUAGUCACUGCCAGCAGCUGUGCGCACUCGAGGUGGGGGCAGGGGCAUGCAGAUGUGGGGCGGCACCGCUUGGCACAUUGAUGCUGUUAAGCUUCUCUAAGGUAUUAAACCAGAUCUCUAUGUAAAUUAUAA